CGUGCGCACGUUUUUGGCGCUGCAGGCAAACAGCAUGUGAUUAUCUUCACAAGAGGGUGUUAAUUAGAGUAAUUUUUACUUGACAUCACCUACAAUUGUAUCAAUUUUGCAAGGCAAAGACAGUAUUGUUGUUGCUAAGAAGGACAGUCAAUUGGACAUCGUGUGUAAGCUGAUCACCUGUCGUACGUUGUCAUCAGAGUACAACAACAACAACAACACCUGUACAUCUGGAGAGGGGUGAAAGCAUUGCUCUUGAUCGGCGUUUUUUUUACUGUUCCAAAGAUGGUUGUGAUUCUAAGAUCGUUCCCUCCUCCCACGGAUGGUGUGCGACUCAAUCAGAGCGGCACGCAGGCGUUUAUCGGAGAUAAAUCCUACGGCAGUGGAUCGUUGUACAUCACAGAAAGCUGUGUGUCAUGGAUAAGUGAUGCUGGGCAGGGUUUUACUCUGGAGUACAAGAAGAUCAGCUUGCACGCAGUGUCACGGGACCUGACGGCCUUUCCACAUGAGUGCCUCUACCUCAUGGUGGAAGGAAAACUGCCAGAAGAAUCUGCAGCAGGAGAUGAAUCCUCGUCCUCUUCAUCAGAUGAAGAUGAUCAGGUGACCACUGACGUACGCUUCGUGCCCGCUGAUAAAGGCACUUUGGAUGCUAUGUUUGAGGCGAUGUCAGACUGUCAAGCUUUACACCCAGAUGAUGAGGACUCCUUCUCUGAUGGUGACGAUGAUGGGUAUUAUGAAGAUGCAGAAGAGGCUGAGCUGACUCAGCAAGGGCAGGCAACCCUGGACAGACUAGAGGAGAUGUUUAUGGCCAGGGGGGAUAACCCACAUGUUCAUCCAAACGGACAAAUCCAGCUGGAGGCCCCUGGACCAGUGCCCGAGCAGGGAUCAGAAGAACCUAUGGACCAGGGUCAAUUUGAAGAUGCCGACGGGUGAAGAGAUGAAGGAAGAAACAUUAAAAUUAUCAUACAAAUAUUUGUCAUUCGAUUGUCGUGCUAUCCAUCGUUUUCAUUGAAGCUGCUGUCAGUAACAGUGGAGUUCUUGUGUUCAUUGUCAUCCUCUUGUCACCCACCAAAAUGCAAAUGGUAUUAACCAUGCCGUUGUGCUUAAUUGUCAUUGAACUGUUCCAUUUUCAGUAUAUGUGAGACGCAAGGAAUGUUUGCUUGGAGGUGCUUAAAUGUAAUGCUGGAAGAGAAAAUUCUGUUCCAUAUUUUUUUCUGUCUUUGUUUUUCACAUUUCUUGACGUGAAGCCUAUUCAUGGUAUUGGUGAUGUUCAUUUCAAGGAAAGUUAGAAGCUACUCGGAAAUGUAGUAAUUAACGUGAAGCAGGGUUUCAGUCAUUAAUGUGUUGAAAUUAAUCAUCAUUGUGAAAUGGCAAUGAAAGAUGUGAAGGACUAUUUUUGUACUAUGUGAGAGGUUAAUGAAAAAAAAAAGAGAAAACAUGGCUGAUUAGUAGAAUGUGGAAGCUUCACUCUGCCAUAAUUUAAAGCUAUCUGUAAAAUGAUGGAAUAAGCAUUGGCAAUUUGCAAGUUUGCUUUACUUCUGCAUGUAUGUGUGCAGUCUGCAUGUAUGUGUGCAGUCUGCAUGUAUGUGUGCAGUCUGCAUGUAUGUGCGCAGUCUGCAUGUAUGCGUGCAGUCUGCAUGUGUGCAUGUAUGCGUGCAGUCUGCAUGUGUGCGUGCAGUCUGCAUGUGUGCGAAAGACAAAAAAUGAAAAAAUGGUCUCAUUGAAUAGAGAUCUGAUUAAGUUCUGCAUGCAGGCAGCAAUUAUACCAAAGUGAAGGAAUGUUAUAAAGGUGAUGGAUUCAUGUCUGUGUCUUGUACAUGUAAAUUGCCUCAGGAUACAAGUGACAUAGAUAAGUUCCAGUCAGUCCGGUGUCAGUACCAGCUUUGUUUCCAGCAUGUCAUUGCAGUGAGGCAGCA